ACACACAUACAGCAAGCACAGCAACUCACUCCGGUAAAAUGGAUCAAGGAGAAAAGAAAAGAAGCUGGACUCCAUCACCAUCGAUGGUUCCACUGUAGAGAGCAUCAGCAGCUACAUUGAAAGCACAACGCCUCUCAAUCGCCUCAGACGCCUGACGAUGUUUGGCAUGAGGUCCAAAACCCUCCAGGCCUUCUGCAGGGCCACCGUGACUAGAGGCGUCAUGGCAUGGUUUGGGAGCUGCACAUCCAUCAACCACAAAGUACAGAGAGUUGUGCAGACAGCUCAGCGCAUCAGUGGAUGUGGGCUCCCCUCCAUCCAGAACUUGUACAACAGACAAUUCAUCAGUAACAGCCGGACAGUUAUUACAGAGCCCAGCCACCCUAGCCACACUCUGGAUAUCGAUCGGUGUGACUUGGAGUCCAAGGCCAAUAAUACAGAGCACCACACAGACGAGAAUGGCGUGGACAGGCUAAUCGUACGCAGAGGGAGGCCGUUCACAAUCGUGCUGCAUCUCCGACAAAGCUUUCAGCCUCAGGCUGGGAAGGCCCUCACUCUUACAGCACAAACAGGUCCAAUCCCAUCGAGCGAGUCAGGCACGAGGGUAACUUUUACAGUGAGCGAUGCAAUAGACAAGAGCACUUGGAGUGCUACCAUGUCUGCCAAGGAUGAGAAAACCUUGUCUCUGACCAUAAGCUCUCCUGCUGACGCUCCAAUUGGGAAGUACACCCUCCUUAUGGGCCGGAUUAACCCUGUCAGCUUCGCUGAAUUCAUCAUGCUUUUCAACCCCUGGUGUAGAAGAGAUGCUGUGUACAUGGAGAACGCAGAGGAGAGAAAUGAGUAUGUCCUGUGUCAGGAUGGCGUUAUUUUCCGGGGAACACCUCCACGCUUCCAGGAGCUGCCAUGGACCUUUGGCCAGUUUGAGCCUGGCAUUUUGGACAUCUGUCUGAGGAUCCUGGAUGAAAACCCAAAGUUUAUCCAUGAUGCCGAUCAGGACUGCUCAGCCAGAAGGAACCCUGUCUAUGUGACACGUGUGUUGAGUGCAAUGAUUAACAGCUCUGAUGACAGAGGAGUGCUCAUGGGGAACUGGUCAGGGGAUUACACUGGAGGAGUCAAGCCCACGUUCUGGACCGGUAGCGGCGACAUUCUCCGCCAGUGGAAUGAUAGCGAGUGCAAGCCAGUGCGCUACGGGCAGUGCUGGGUGUUUGCCGCUAUGGCCUGUGCAGUUUCCAGAGCCCUGGGCAUUCCAUGCCGAGUGAUCACUAACUAUGGAUCAGCCCACGACACCGACUCGAACCUGGUGAUUGAAUACUUGUUUGACGAAAAUUCUGAAGACAUUGGUGAUGACUCCAUAUGGAACUUCCAUGUCUGGAUAGACAGCUGGAUGGCUCGCCCUGAUCUGAAAGAGGGUUUUGGAGGCUGGCAAGCAAGUGACCCAACUCCACAAGAGCGGAGCGAUGGUGUUUUUUGUUGUGGCCCAGUACCUUUGUCAGCCAUCAAAGAGGGUGAACUGACAGUGAAGUACGACGCUCCAUUUGUGUACGCUGAAGUCAAUGCAGAUGUUGUGACAUUGGUCAGACUGAAGAACGGGAAGACUGUUAAGAUUGGUGGAAACACCACAGAGGUUGGCCAUCACAUCAGCACCAAAGCUGUUGGCAAGGAUGAAAGACAUGACAUCACAAACCUCUACAAAUAUCCCGAAGGCUCGGAGGAGGAGAGGAAAGUGUUUGAAAAGGCCAAACACCACAACAAGCUCCAGGAGACUGGCGAGGAGCCUGGGGUUCACAUCAAAAUAAAGAUUGCAAAGUCCACCAUGAUCGGCACCGACUUUGAUGUCUUUGCCAUUGUCAGGAAUAAUUCACCUGUCCCUAAAACUUUCCUAUUGAUGUUCUAUGCACGGGUGCUUCAUUACAAUGGCAGAACGGGAGACACGUGUGGAUUCACUGAUGUUCCUGAGCUUAAGAUCGAACCAUACCAAGAGACAUCCAGCCCACUCAGAGUGGAAUAUUCCCUGUAUGGUCCAUCCAUAACAGAUGAGAGGCUCAUCAAGCUGAAGGUUCUUCUUAUUGAGUCAGAAACCAGGCAGUUUUAUAAGGAAAUGAAGACCAUUGUCCUGGAUUCACCAAAGUUAAUUAUUAAUAUUGUUGGCAUACCAAAAGUAAACCACAAGCUGACAGCAGAUAUCACACUUCCGAAUCCUCUGCCAAUGCCUUUGCACGAGUGUACCUUCUCCAUAAAGGGAAUUCAUCUGACUGAUGGAAAAAAUAUUGAACACAAAAUUGGAACAGUGGCGCCCAAGCAGUUUGCAACAACUAAACUUGAAUUUGUACCAAGUUCACCAGGGAGAAACAAGCUGGUUGUGGCAUUUAAUAGUGAUAAAUUAGGUAAUAUCUCAGCAUUUGAAACCAUUGUCAUAGAGGACUAAAAUGUGUGUAGCCUAUUGCUCCAAUAUGCGAACAUCAGACUUUGAAUUAUCAGUACAACCAGAAUGGAAGAGGAUUUCUACAACUUCUUUGCAGAUGGGAUUUCUUGAAUUGGAUCUGAAUUUCCCCUUGGGGAUCAAUAAAGUAGGCUAGGCCUAUCUAUUUCAAACACAGGGUCUAGGCUAAUUUCAUAGGCUAUAGUUAUAUUGUCAUAGCCUAUGAUUAGUAGCUUAGCCUAGUCUUGUCUUUCAAUAAAAAUGUAUGUAGGCCUAUGACAUAUUAAAUGCAUGUUGUGUUUUCUAUAACCUA